UUUGCCAUUUGAUUGACUCGGAAGAGCUCGAAGAACAGAAACCAAAAGAAAGAACAGCCGCAGGGAGGAGAGAGAAAGGGAAGAGAAGAAGGAUGUCGUACAUGAAGGGUGACCUGCUCACUAAAACCAGAAAGCUGGUCAAGGGUCUCGCUAAAACUGAGCCCCUUUGGCUUAAACCCAUGCUAAAGGCCCCUCCUGUUGUGUUUCCUCGUUCUGAUGGAAAGGUCAAGCCAAUUUGCCUCCCUGAAGAUGUUUAUGUCAACAAAUUCUAUCAGAAGAACCCAGAAUCAAAAUAUGAAGAUCCUAUCAAGCUUACCAGUUUUAGUCCUAUUCCAGCUCGUGUUUUUGCUGGGCGAGUGCUCGAAUUGAAGGAGCAUGGCGUAAGAGAAGAGGAAGCUAUUUCUAUUGCUGAUAUGGAAUAUCGAGGAGAGAGAAAAUCCAAGAAGCAGGCACACAAGCGUUUAAGGAAAAUAGCUCAUGAUCUAGGGAAGAGACCAUCUCCUAACCCGUAUCCUAGUGCUAUGAAGGAGAUACAGGCAGAGGAGCGACCUCAUGUCCGUGACCGAUUCUUCAAUCCUCAGAUACUAGAGAUAGCUAUGAGGCUAAAAGAAGAAAGGGCUGCUGAUAUGCGGGAAAGGUUUGGAGGGCGUUAGCUAUUACUAUUGGUGAAGUCAUCUAAGUCAAUAAAAAAAAAUAUUAGAGCAGCCUGCUUCAUCUUGACAAGAGUUUGCCUCUUUACUUUUGCUCCAUGGUUUUACCUUUGGUUUGUCAUUGUUGUUGCAUGAUUCACUUGAUAACUUUUGCUGAAUUAUGAAUCAUGAAUCAGGUUGAUUUUUUUUAUUUUGGUGAUGUAGUUAGAGAGGUAUAAAUUAAAGAUCAUAUUUUUCGAAAUGAUCAUUGGAUGCUAUUAUACUACA